AAAAUUCUUGCCAUGCUACCCACAGAAGAUGAAAAAGCAAAGAUUUCAGAAGCUCAGAUGGCCAGUCCCGACGUACCGCUGGGCACAGCUGAGCAGUUUCUUCUUACUCUCUCUUCAAUUAGUGAACUUGAGGCAAGACUGAGAUUGUGGGCUUUUCGUAUUGACUACGAAUCUCUGGAAAAGGAAGUUGCUGAACCUCUCAUGGAUUUGAAGCAGGCCAUCAAAGAAAUAGAAUCUAGUGAUACUCUAAGAGUAAUCCUAUCAACCCUUAGGUCAGUUGGUAACUUCCUUAAUGGAGUUGAGAUUAAAGGUUUUCACAUUGAGUACUUGUCCAAAGUUCCUGAAGUCAAAGACACAGUACAGAAACACACUCUGCUGCAUCAUUUGUGCCAUAUUGUGAUGGAAAAGUUUCCUAAAUCCAGUGAUCUCUACUCAGAAAUAGGAUCUGUCACAAGAGCUUCCAAAGUAUGUCUCUCCUUAACUAGCAAACUCAUAAUAUUUUAAUGAAUAUAUCCAUUA